AUGGUUUUUAGAACAGCCUUGACAGAAGCUCUUGGGAUCGCUAUCCCGGUGGUCCAAGGGGGAAUGCAAUGGGUUGGCUACGCAGAGCUCGCAUCGGCUGUCUCUAACGCUGGAGGGCUUGGGAUAUUAACGGCGCUCACUCAGCCCACGCCUGAAGAUCUCCGAAAGGAGAUUAAUAGAUGUCGAAAAAUGACAACCAAGCCGUUCGCCGUUAAUAUCACCCUUCUACCUAGCUUGGUUCCCCCAGAUUAUGGCGCAUACGCGCAGGUCGUUAUUGAUGAGGGCAUUAAAAUCGUCGAGACCGCGGGCAAUAGCCCGGGGCCGAUAAUCAAGCAACUCAAGACCGCAGGAAUCAAAAUUCUUCAUAAAUGUACAACUAUUCGUCACGCUCUCUCUGCGGAAAAGCUUGGGGUCGACUUCCUUUCCAUUGAUGGUUUCGAGUGUGCCGGCCAUGUUGGCGAAACAGACAUUACCAACUUUGUCCUGCUCCGACGUGCUAUGCAGUCUCUUAAAACUCCAUUUAUUGCUUCUGGUGGAUUCGCGGAUGGUGAAGGUCUUGCUGGCGCGUUGGCACUGGGAGCUUGCGGGAUAAAUAUGGGGACCCGGUUUAUGUGUACCGUCGAAGCGCCAAUCCACAACAACAUUAAACAAGCUAUCGUUGAUGCGAGCGAGGAUCAGACCGAGCUAUUGCUCAGGAGGUGGAGAAAUACUAGUCGAUUGUAUAAGAACAAGGUCGCAGUCGCGGCGAAGAAGAUUGAGCUUGAGAGUACAACUGGAAAGUUCGAGGAGAUUGCGCCGUAUGUGAGUGGGAAGAGGGGAAGACAAGUGUUUAUUACAGGGGAUGUCGACGAGGGUGUAUGGACUGCUGGUCCAGUCAUGGGUCUUAUUCAUGACAUUCCAACGUGUGAAGUCCUGUUGAAGAGGAUAGAGAAGGAGGCAGAGGACUCUAUCAAUAGAAUAAGCUCUUUGAUUGUACCUUCCAAGUCUAAGCUUUAG